CUAGAGGCCAGAAGCCCUAGGGCACUGGAUUCUCUGGAGCUGGAGUUACAGGUGGUUGGUUGGGAGCCACCCGGUGUGGCUGCUGGGACCUAAGCACCGAUCCUCUGACAGAAUGGCAAAUUACUUCUAUGAACUCCUAAGCCAUUUCUCCAACCCCCUCAAGCAGAAAAUCCUAAAAUCAGGUAUUCUAUCACAAAGUGGUCCAAGAUACACUAACUUGAUACAUAUGUAAUGGGAGUAGAAACAUAUCAAAGGUUUCCCACAACGAAACCUGUCUGUCUGGUUUCUGUAAGAGCAGAAAACUUUGUAAUAUGGAGAAGAUGCUGCAGUUCCUUUCAGACCUUGCAGGAGUCUCAGAUCCGAGAUGUGCUGCAGGCAGUGUUCACCGGGGCUGUGCAGCAUGCACACCUGCAGAACAAAAUGCAGAUGGUGCGUGUGUUCAAAACCAAGGCUGCAGCGAAGUCCCAGGAGGCUGCACAGGUAACUUAUUCCUGGAAUUCCAAGACGAAUUUGAACGAGUCUACAAAGUCUACUGUGCCAGCUAUGACCAGGCCCUGCUGCUGGUCAAGGCGUACCAGAAGGAGCCAGAACUGCAGAAGGAGAUCCAGGGCGUCAUCGAAGCUGCAGUGCCGCAGGCUGGACCUUCCGGUCUCAGUUUCUUACUUGUAAUCCCUCUGCAGAGGAUUACCAAGUACCCCCUCCUGCUGCAGAAAAUCCUGGAGAACACACCCGCGGAUGCCAGCGCCCACCCUGUCCUUCAGAGAGCCGCCUCUGCCCUCCAGGAUGUGAAUAGCAACAUCAAUGAAUACAAGAUGCGCAAGGAAGUGGCCUUAAAGUAUACGAAAGUGGAGCAGCUGAGUCUUCGGGAGCGGCUGGCCCGCAUCAACACACAUACUCUUUCCAAGAAGACCACCAGACUGAGCCAGCUGCUGAAGCAGGAGGCGGGGCUAGUAUCCAGGACAGAAGACAAGGAAUUUGAUGACUUGGAGGAGAGGUUCCAGUGGGUGUCUCUGUGUGUGACGGAGCUGAGGAGCAAUGUGGCAGCGUACAUGGAUAAUCUGGAGACUUUCCUCAGCUUCCGGCCACACGAAAGGAGUCUGGACAUCCCUGGAGGACCCGCGGAACAGUACUGUAGCCUGGCAAGAGACCUUCAGCUCCAGGCCUUCCUGCAGUUUAAGCAGCGGUUGAAAGGCCUGGUGUGGCAACCACUGUGCAGUCUGGCCAGAGCCCUGGUUGGUCCUCAGAACUUGAUCAAGAAGCGUCUGGACAAACUCCUGGACUUCGGGCGAGUAGAAGAGAAGCUGUUGGAUGUGGGCAGUGUGACCUACGAGGAGGAGGCAGCUCGGCAUACCUACCAGGCACUCAACUCCUUGCUAGUGGCUGAGCUCCCACAGUUUAACCAACUAGUCAUGCAAUGGCUGGGCCAGAUCCUGUGCACGUUUGUGGUCCUCCAGAGAGACCUGGCCGAUCAAGUGCUACGAAGGGCAGAGAGCAGCACGGCCCUGUUGCCUCACUAUGGCGUCUCAGAGCCAGACUUCCAGAAGCUGCUGGAGGACAUACUGGGCCAGAGCAGCAGCCAGCUCCGCCUCUUUCAGGAGAACUUUGAGAAGGUACUUCCGCCCUCCACCACUCAGCCACUCCUUCCAGGGUCUGAACACCAGAUGCAGGCUCUCCUCACCAGAUAUGGCCCUGGGAAGUUAUACCAGGUGACAAGCAACAUCAACGGGACUGGGACGCUGGACCUGACACUGCCUCGGGGCCAAAUCGUGGCCCUUCUACAAAACAAGGAUACCAAAGGCAACAACAGUCGCUGGCUGGUAGACACCGGGGGACACCGUGGGUAUGUGCCGGCUGGAAAACUUCAGUUAUACUGCCCCAUCGUUUCCAGUGAGAAGGAGCUCAGAGGCCAGACAGGGGUGCAUGAAGACUGCUGGCUUCCAACCCCAGAGCCCACCCAACCGUCUGUUCCCACGGUCCCAACCAUGAGCCAGGUGGUGGCAGCGUACCCUUUUGUGGCCAGGAACACCCACGAGCUGAGUCUACAGGUGGGCCAGCCUGUGACCAUCCUGGAGGCCCAAGACAAGAAGGGGAACCCAGAAUGGAGUCUGGUGGAAGCAAACGGACAGAGGGGAUAUGUGCCUUCCAACUUUCUGACCAGGACCCUGAGCCCAACUCCCUGGGGCUGGAAUCUUCCCUCUUAGCAUGCGCUCUUGGGAGCCCCCAUUCCUAAGGAAUGGCAGAGACUUAAAAGGGUGUGUGACCUAGGGGGUAUGGUGCAAAGCACAGUGGGAAUGGGAGAGGCGUGAAGGGCACCCGAAGGCAGCAGGAAGUGGUGACUAGGUCUUACAGAGUGCCUGGUGUGGGAGGCCACAGUGGGAGGUUCCAGCAAUGCCACUCUCGUCUGCAUAAAGAAGCCAUCUCAAGGCCACAGCCGAUUAGCUAGGGCUUGCCACAGCUCGAAGCUCAUCCUACCUCUUACCUCUUUCAUGUCUAGGAUGAAUGUUGCUUGUGUUAGUCGUAGGCGGGGCAGCUCUGAAGAAGACCAGACCUGCCUGGCUUAGCAGUACACUUCCCACAGCGUUGCCAGGAGACACCAUGGCUCACCAGUCACAGUUUCUUUCUCUCUGCCUUGACAUGAGUUACUGUGAACAGUAAACCGAGGAGAGUCCUGCUCAAGGGGAAGCCAUGGACCUAGGUUCUGAGGAGAUUUUCUACUAGGUCUGGGAAUGGGCAUGGUCUCUUCACAGGUCUGGACUGUGUGGGCAAACUUGCAGGUGGUUCCAGGAAAAGGGGGAAUUUGAGGGUGGAUCAGUGGGCGUGUGAGGUUGGUUUCAAUGGUGUAUACUUCUGGUGUUUUCUUCAGACUAGGAGACAAAGGAACUUGGCAGCCAAUGCUGGUGGAGCUCUGUUCGACAGGUGACUACUGGCCUGGUGAGCUGGGUAGGCGAGAGAUAGCGUGAUUUCCUGGUUCUGGGUAGAAGAGCCAGGGGAGUACAGGGGGCCUGGGUUUGCCUCUGAGGGCAUAGAGGCUGCAGGGAGCUGAGGUUGUGUAGAUGUGCAGCCUAAGACACAGGACACAAGGCAGCUUUCCGCCUAGGCCAAAAACCCAAGUCAUGGGACCUAGUAAGGAUGUCAUGAGGCUGAGGAUGCCAAGAUCCCUUGUCAACCAGGAAUCGUGACAUCAACAAAAAGACCGUUAAUGGUAUCAGGAUGGCGCAGCCAUUGGCUGGCUUGGGUUAGCAGAGUAAAGCAGUCCUGAGCCACCCCUCAUGCCUAAGCCAACAAUGUCAUUUUCCUUGAGCCUAGGAUCUGACUUCAAGCCCAGUCAGCAUGGAUUAACAAUAGACACAUUUUGAGACAUGCCCUGUUAGAGGAUUUUGUUUUGUGUGGAUCUGGAGUGUGCAAACUAACAAGGUUGUGACAUCACUAGGCAAUAUAAUCUCAUGGGACUAUGACACACACACACACACACACACACACACACACACACACACAGCCAUUGUCUGUAGCUGACUGUUGCAUGGCAUGUGGCAUUGAGUACAAUCUAGGUAGCCAAAGUCCCAGUGCCUAUUACUUGGUGAGCAAGUCAUUUCUCAAAUCUGAAAACAGAAACCCCUCAAAGCAGACCCUGUUCCAAGAUGGCAGGCCCUCGGGGGCAGUGUUGGGUGUCGUCACUCCUGGGCAAUGUCCCUAGGCUGUUGCUUUAGGUCAAGAGUCAUUGGAAGAUCCCAAGAUAGUGAAAAGGGUGAUGCACAAUAACCUCUGUACAACUUGACAAAUUUGGAAUUGACCCUCUUGAGAGACAGAGCGUAAAACAGGUGGCUACUUCAGUGUUUUCAAGACUACGUCUGUUUUUCGAUCUCAAGUGCCCGUUUGUUGACUUUGGCUUCUGAAGAAGGGCUCUUGAGAAAGUCAUCCUUGCCUGUGUCAGACAGUCUGUAAUGAGCCUCCUCUGGGCUUCUUGAAGCACCAACCCUGUAUGAUGCAAGAGCAAGACUCUCCAGCUCCUUUCCCAGCCUCGGGUUCUCUCCCAAGAUGUUCUCAGCUCGCUUUCCUAUCUGUAUCCUUCUCAGGCUUCAGAUCAAAACAGGAAGUGUAAACAAACAGAUGACAAAGCAGAACCUGUACCUGCAGCUCCCACAGGUUUUUACUGACAGCUCAUGGUGAAGCUGAGACUCUAACUUGGGGUCCUUAGCAUGGCUCUUCGAUGCUGCAGUUACCUGGGUAGCUCCAAACUGCAGCAAACCAGGAGCCGAUGAUGUCAUUGAUCUGGGCGUGGUCAUGGCCUGGGGCUUCAGGAAGCUAACCAGGUGAAUCUCACAUGCAGCCACGUUGAAGACCUCUGCCCUAGACAUGCAGAGGUAAACAGCUAGACCUGGUCAGAGGUGGGACAGGGGUAAGUUAAGUUGUGUCCCAAGUGAGCUUUGCACUGGCUAUCUAAGCAGGAAGCUUUAGAAGCAGUUUGGAGUAGGGCAGCCUCUUCUGUCAGGCCCCAGAAUAUAUAUUUAUUAAGUGCCAUUAAAGGGGACCUGAACAAAAUUGGAUGUUCUCGUAGGCAUAAGGGAGAAAAAUUAAAUAUACUUUGAACCAAGGCUAUCUCAUGAAGGAGAAAUAAAAAUGUAUUCAGUACAUGUGGGUUAUAGUUUCUCAGACCAGGGGGUGAGAUUAAAAUCACUGGAGAGUGAGAGAAAGUGUACUGAGAAGACGGAGCGUGGCCUGGAUUUUCUCCAAGGGACUCUGUGUAAUGUGCCUUUUUACCCCAAUGCCUAGAGCCAUUGCACCGUGUCUUAUUUAUUUCACUCUUGGGCUGUCCCGUGCAGACUCACAACCAGAAUUGCCUAAGAAUGGAACAGAACUCCCAGGAGUUGAAAAAUGGCUCACAUGAUAUCCCCUCCCCUCCCCCCCUUCCUCAAAGCCAAGUGGGAACUCUUUAACCCUUUGAGCUCCAACUUCGUUUAGGAUACAAGGGGACGAUUGUAGUAUCCAAGGGGAGAUGAGUGUGGUGUGGACUAGUGGCAAUAAAGGACUUCGUAUGACUCCG